AUGCCUGAAGAACAGCUCCAAAACAGCCUUGUAAAGGAACAUGACGAGCACGAAUCCGAGCAAUCCGAAGAAGAGGAGAAUGAGAACGAAUUGACCAAUAUCGAAGAAGGUCUAUUGGAUGAGUAUCCCGAAGACACCACGGAAAUAGACGCCGUUCAUCUUCGCAUUUCCAGCAUACCCAAUCUCAACUUGACACGCUUUCCUCAACUCGAACGGUUGUGUUUACGACAAAACUUGAUCUUGGAUAUCGAGGGCUUUGAAGGAUUGGAUAAACUUGUGGAGCUUGACCUUUACGAUAACAAGAUUAAGCACGUGCGUGGCCUGAAUCAGAUCACCUCUUUGCAGUACUUGGAUCUUUCCUUCAACAAGAUCAAGCACAUCAAGAACAUUGAUCAACUCACCAACUUGAGCGACCUUUUCUUUGUGAGCAAUCGUAUAUCAAAGAUUGAAAACCUGGAUACAUUGGUGCAAUUGGAUAAUCUCGAACUCGGUGCAAACAAGAUUCGAGUCAUUGAGAACCUGGAUAAACUUGUGAAUCUCACCAAACUUUGGCUCGGCAAAAACAAAAUCACUCGGCUGGAGAACUUGAGCCCGUUACGCAAUUUGCAGAUCCUGAGUAUACAAAGCAACCGUAUCACCAAAUUGGAAGGACUCGAUGAAUUGCACAAUUUGCAAGAGCUCUACUUGUCACAUAACGCCAUUGAAAAAAUAGAAGGCUUGGAAAACAAUCUCAAGUUGAAGACACUGGAUGUGGCCAAUAACAAGAUAAAGCACAUUGAAAACAUGUCGCAUCUAACGCAGCUAGAGGAUUUCUGGGCAAACAACAACUUAUUCGAGAGUGAAUGCUUUGGUGAAUUGACAAAGGAAUUGGGCGAUAUAAAGACAUUGGAUACGAUCUAUCUCGAAGGAAACCCGAUGCAAGCAGCAAACAGAGCAACAUACCGCAACAAGGUCCACUUGGCUUUGCCACAAGUGAGGCAAAUUGAUGCCACGUAA